AACUGAACUCAAACACUUACGGUUAUUUGUAAAGACCAGACCCUAUCAGAAUCCUGAUAUGUCAGAUUUCAUUGAACGUUCGGGCAUGUUGAAAAAGGAGUCGACACUGUACCAAAACCUACUGAAUGAAUUGAAAAGGUUGACUCCUAAUAUCUGGUGUGCCCAGUGUUAUCUGGUGAAGGAAGAUCUUUUUGUUAUGCAAAAUAUUAUAGAUCUAGGCUAUGAGCCACUCAAAGAUUCAUCAGUGUUUCUGACUAAACCUCAGAUAGGUUCAAUACUCAAAGGAUUGGCCAGCAUGCACGCCUGCAGUGUGGGAUAUGAGCAAAAAAAUAACCUGAAGAUUGGAGAAAAGCUAAAGGAUGUGUUGUAUGAGGUGACAGUUUCGCCAAAGGUUGUAUGGUAUACAGCAGGUAUAAAGGCCGUUUUGGCAGUGGCCCUCAAACACCCCCUCUAUCAGGCUGAACCUUUGCAAAACUUCAUCAAAUCACGUUUGCCUGCUAUUUUGGAUACAGUCUACGAAAUGGUGAAUCCCUCCAACAAAUACCACAAUGUUUUCUGUCAUCGAGACGUUUGGGGUGGUAAUGUGUUCUUUGCCAAAGAUCAACCAUACGAGAAAGGCGCAGCCUUUGUGGACUUUCAAUUAUGUCGCUACUCACCGGCAGCCAUAGAUGUACUUAUGACUCUCUACAUUAAUGUUCGUCCCCAGGAUCGUAGGGCUAUGGAAAAUGAAUGUCAUGAGUUGUACUAUCAGCAGUUCUCGGAUGAGUUGACUCAGAUGUCCUUGAAGGCCUCGGAUUUCAUGUCAUACGAGCAAUUCAAAAACUCCCUCAAUGACUUGGCUCUAUUUGGUGCCUUGUACAAUUGUAUAGCGGCCACAAUUCUACGAGUACCCGGUGACUAUUUGAAGGAUAUGAAAUUAAAUCGUCCAGAUGAUUUCCAUCGUUACACUAAUGUGGAUCGUACUGAUGAAGUAUUGGAAUUAGUAAAAAUCGAUGCAAAGUUUAGAGAUUAUAUGCUGGAAUGCAUAGAUGAUAUGAUGGAAUUGAUACUAAAGGACUACUAUUACAAAAGCAAAUAAAGUGUAUGCCAAACAUUCUAUGGGUGGUUAUAUGUAAAAAUUCA